AGUAGAAUACCCAAAAAGUGCUUGGAGGGAACUCGAAUCGGUGUGGGAAGAGAAGCAAGCUCAGCUAACGUCGCGUCAUUAACCUGCAUAUUCAGCGUGCCCCAGAAGGCCACAGCAAAGGGGCACUGGAAGCAGAGGUGAAGAGCUGUUUCAUCGGCAGAAUUGCAAAGAUCACAGGUUGGGGUCGGCACUAUGGUUUUCCUGUGCAAGUUGCGUUUUGUUGGGAGGCGAUCCUUAGCCAAAAGCCAGGCAAAAAAGAAAGGGUUCAAAGGAGCUUCGGAUUUAUCAUCAGCAAGAGCAAUUAAUAUUCAGCCAUUUCCAUUUCCAAACCAUAUAAAUUGAGGUAGCCCUUGCUAGUAUCAGUUGCUUUGCAAAGCUGCUCUGAUCAGAAAUCCCAAUGGCAAUGGAGAAGAGCCCUCCUCCGGCGCCGCACUUCCUCUUCGUGGUGAGCGGGAUACAGGGCCACAUCAACCCGGCGCGCCGCCUCGCCGCGCGCCUGAUGGCGUCGGCGCCGGCCGCGCGCGUCACCUUCUCCACCGCCGUCUCCGCGCACCGCCUCAUGUUCCCGUCCCUGCCGUCCCCGGCCGGCGAGGACGUCGACGACACCGGCGUCGCGUACGUCCCGCACUCCGACGGCUACGACGACGGGUACAAGCCCGGGGUGCACGCGAGGGACGACUACAUGGCGCGCACCCGCGCCGCGGGCACCGAGUCGCUCUCCGCCAUCGUCGCGGCUCUCGCGGCGAGGGGGCGCCCGGUGACGUGCAUCGUGUACACGUUCCUCGUGGUUUGGGCCCCCGCCGUGGCGCGCGCGCUGGGGAUCCCCUCGGCGAUCUACUGGAUCCAGCCGGCGGCGGCGUUCGCCGUGUACUACCACUACUUCCAUGGCCAUGGCGAGGCCCUCGCCUCCUGCGCGAACGACCCUGCCCGCGGCGCCGUCGUGCGCCUCCCCGGGAUGCCGUUCCUCAGGUCCGACGAGCUCCCCUCCGCCGUGUCCAUCGUCUCGCCGGAGCACAAGCACUACCUGCUGCUCGCCAUGCUGCGCGACCUGUUCGAGGAUCUCGACGAGCUCAAGCCCAGGGUGCUGGUGAACACGUUCGACGCGCUGGAGCCCGACGCGCUCCGCGCCGUGCCCGAUCUGGAGGUCGUCGCCGUCGGGCCGGUGGUGCCCGACGGCGAAGCGUCUCUGUCGAGCUCGAGCACGGACAUGUUCCGGCGAGACGACGCGAGCGCGUGCGUGGAUUGGCUGGACACGAAGCCGGCGCGCUCCGUGGUGUACGUCUCGUUCGGGACCCUCCUGUCGAUGAGCAAGCGGCAGGAGGAGGAGAUGAGGCGCGGCCUUGAGGCCACCGGCCGGCCGUACCUGUGGGUGGCGCGCCAGGGCGCCGUCGAUGGCGGCGCGACCUUGGACAGCGCACCCACCCCCGCCGCCGAUGCCGGCGGCGGCGGCGGCGAAGGGGACGCGCAAGGGAUGGUGGUGGAGUGGUGCGACCAGAUGAAGGUGCUCUCGCACCCGGCUGUGGGCUGCUUCGUGACGCACUGCGGGUGGAACUCGGCGCUGGAGAGCAUCACCCGCGGCGUGCCGAUGGUGGCCGUGCCGCAGUGGACGGACCAGCCGACGGUGGCGUGGCUGGUCGAGGCGCGCAUGGGCGCCGGCGUGCGCGCGCGGCUGGACGGCGAGGGCGUGGUCGAGCGCGGCGAGCUGCAGCGGUGCGUGGAGCUCGCCAUGGCGGGCGGCGGAGACGGCGGUGUCCGGGCACGGGCGGAGCGAUGGAGGGAGCGCGCCGCGGAGGCGGUCGCGGCCGGCGGGUCGUCGGAGAGGAAUCUCCGGGCGUUCGCGUCCGGGGCCGUGACGCAGGCGGUGUGCUCGAGCAGGUGAUUCCGCCGGCGGCCGCCGGCGAUGGCGAACUCAACGGCUGGAUUAUUGUUGUUUUUUUAUAUUCCCAGAUAAUAGCUUUGUCAUUUGGUGUGGCGUUGACGCAAUCAGUAUGUUGAUUAGUCGACGUAACAGCAAAUUUAAUUGGAGAUCUCAUUAAAUUUUAGAUGUUGCCAUAUCAUCUACAAACAGUUCAAUAAAGGGAGCAAAAUUUCCCUCUUCGAUCUA